UUAGGUUGUUCAGGCGAAGCGCAUAUUUUGCGUGUGUGUAUAUAUGCUUGUCAUCAAGAUAAUUUAUUAAUUCAUUUAUUUAUUUAGAAGGUAUGUUGUGUUAUCUACGUCACAAUCAGCAUCAUAAUAAAGAGGUUAAGAAUUUUAAAAAUGCAUUAGCUAAUGCAUAAUUCGGAAUUAUUAUUUAACUAUGCAAUGUCAGAUAUCAAACGUCAUAGUUUUUAUGUCUCCAUUUUUACAGGCUGUAACAUCUGCUGAUAUAUCUACCAGGCUGGUCGUGGAAACUACAAAGUCGUGAGCUUUAAUAUCUAUCUCUAAAGUACGUUUAAGUGGAGUUGAUGAUCACAUUCUCGGCAAAAAAACUAAAAAAAAUAUAUUGCUAAAAUUUUAUUUUUUUGAAUAUUGAAAUUCUUAGUUGUGCAAAAAAAAAAUGCAUUGUACCGGUGUACGUUUUUGGAUAAAAUGUUUUUUGACAAAGUUUUCUUUGACCUUUCCGCGACGCAUUUUAGGAUUUUAUUUUUGUUUUCGUAAAUAAUAUAACAUAUGUAAUAUAUAUUUAGUUUAUCUUCAUUUUUGUUUUUUCAUAAUUUUUUAAUUUAUGCAAUCCCUGGGCCUUAGAGGGUCGCGGUUGACUAACACCAAGCCCUCAAACACAAUAAAUUUAGAGAGAGAAAAAAAACUUAUAUUCGCUUUUUUACGUGCUUUUAUCAGUAGUAUUUCUAUGUAACAUUUUUACUUCGCGAAAAUAUUCAAUGUUCUACCCACAACCUCGAAAUGCCUUUUUCUAAUCGCAGAGAAAAUGGAAAUUUGUUUUGGUGGGCUUACCUUAGUCUGCACAUGCGUAUUGAAAAAAUAUUAUUUUCAUCGUUGUUGUUAGCCAUCUUCGUAAGUUGUUAUCGUUCGAAACUAAAAAUGCUUUACACAAAAGUAAACCCACUCAUGACGCCAUUAUACUUAUGUCAAAAGGUUAUCAAUUUCAGUUGAGUUGUGCGGCAAGAAAUAAUUAGUUAUUUCGUCCCUAUUAAAUUGUCAGCGGAGGAGAGUGAUUGGUUAUGUAUUUAUUAAAGAGCUGCGAUAACAAAAAAACAAGUUAGUCAACACGUUAAACAGAAAAAGAUAUUAUUAUUCCAUUUAAAAAGAGAAAUGGUUGAAGCACAUUUCAUUCUCAACAUCGUCCAUUUGGUGUUAUGUGCAGCGACACUAGGGGGCGGUAUAGCAUACAUAUACGCCCCUGAACACUCAGAUGAUAAUGUGACAUUACUAAAAAAUUUAUACGCGCCCAUUUGGGCUCCAAUUUUACUAGCAGUAAACCCAAUUCUAGGACUGAUUGGAAAAUGUACAGGCGUUCGUACUUUUUUUCACGUUAAGUUUGCUUUCGAUAUCUGGCAACUGAUUUGGUGGAUAGUUGGUACAAUAGUUUACGCGCAGCUCGGGCCGCAAUAUCGCGAAUGUUUUGGUAACAUGCAUAUUCAAGAUGAAAGUAGCGAUGGUCAUCGUUUUUGGUUACGACCACGUUGUUUCGGAUCGAAUGCUGGUAUAAUUGGUGCUGAUUCAUCAGCAGACGAGGAUAGCAUUCGUUUGGAGUAUGGAAUAGUUGUCUAUAUCACUGUGGUGUACUUCAUACAAACAGUUUGUUUAAUAGCAUCUAUUGUAUCGUAUUUCAAAGAGAUUGGGUGUUGUCACUGCUGUCAGGGAGGAAGUCGAGGAGAGGUCAUACCAUUAAGAACUGCUUAGGUUAUACGAACUUAUUUCUCUAUAUGUAUCACCUAAUAAUAUUUUUUGCAUAUUUUAUGUCAAAAUCAA